AUGGAGCAAGGCAGUGCCGAGAGCACGACGGUCUCUUUCGCAACGCUGCUUCCUCGGUCACAAGACACUGAGCUCCAUGUGCGCCUUACGAGCAGGGCCAAGAGCCUGAUGGUGUCGGUGGCGACGACCGGCACAGACGAAGGAGACCACGCUCGAUCCGAGCUGGGAUCGUUUGUCUAUGCUCUUCCAAACAGAUACCAAGCCGGCGACCCGCUGUGCACGACUCUCUACAGCGACGAGAAGUCGCUUGAGUUUGCGGUGCGGCUCGCGAAGCUGAUUGUCAGGAGGACGCAGAUGGUAGCCUAUGUUUCCACCUCGAUCAGUCUUGAGCGCAUGGGGCUAGGCGGCACGGUGGAAGAAAUCCUAGAGGCCUACCAGGCCGUGGUGACCCCGCUGGCGGGAUAUCUGCCGAAGUCCCAGCCGGCUGUCCAAACGAACGGUCUGUCCUCAUUGGCAGACGAGCAAAGAUAG